GGGGGGGAGAGUUUGUCUCUAGUUGACGUACACAAUCGAAACCACGAGACGAAACCUCACAACUCUGUUAAACCAGCGCGUGACUUCACAGCUCCCCCUCACUGCCGUCCUUCGCCACCAUCAGCUCCACUGCUCCAGCAAUGGCGAGUCUCCCUCGAUCCGAUCUACUCUUCCAUUUCCAAUUCCGAGCUCCCGAUUCGCCGAAUCGACCGAUCCGAGCUCAAGCAUUUCAUUUCGCGCUCUGAUAAUAUCGGUGUCUUGUUUGUUUGCAGGCAUCGAAGCCGGUCACCGCCCCAGUCCCGAUCACUUGGUACCCAACCCUAUCAGUUCUCAUGCUCUCUAUCGGCCUUCUCAUCACCGCCUCCUUCUUCAUCUAUGAAGCCACGUCCUCGAGGAAAACCCGCAGUCUUGGGAAAGAACUGACCACAGGAGCGCUGGCAUCUUUCUUCCUGGGUUUUGGGUCCUUGUUCCUGCUCCUCGCAUCGGGCGUUUAUGUUUAGACUAGACUCUUAUGAUAUUUACUCCCCGUAGAACUGCUUAAAAUUUUGUCGAUGAGACUUGCUUUAUAGAAGAAAUGUUUGACGGUUUUCAGCUGAAUAGAGUAUUUUGGCAAUGAGACGCAGAACGUUUUCUUGCCCUUGAUAAUAGUUUGGAGUGGUCUAUUUUUCCAGACAACCUCAGUGUUGUGGUUUGCAGUUGCGGUUGGAUUAACUACCCAAGUUUUUUUUCCUACUCUGUAAUUCGCCGUUUCUUGAAUUCUGUCAUUCUUUUUUUAUCAGAGUGUAGGGGAAGAUCAUAGUUGUAUGUUCGAAAAGAUGAUAAACGAUGCUUUGUGAAUGAAUCGAAAAUUUCGAAAAGCAUACGAGUAACGAGGAUUGCUG